UAGGGAUCUGGGACUGGUGUAUCUCUCUCACCAUCUUCUGUUCUAGGUUGCAAGUGUUAUUCUUAAGAGAUGGGUCAAAAUUUCCCAAAUGGAUUGGGUACAUUCUACAUCGGAAUUUAUAAACUUGUGGAAGAUCCUUCGUCGGAUCCAAUAAUCUCGUGGAGCAAAAGCAACAAUGGUUUCGUCAUGUGUAAUGAGGAAGCGCGAAUCCGCAGUAAGAUACUCUUGAGAUUCAAUUGCGGCAAACUCUCAGAGUUUCUCUCCGAGCUCAAGUAUUACGGCUUUACAAGAGUUAAGAAGACGGACUCUGGGAAAAUGGAAUUUAGAAAUGAAGAUUUCGUUAGAGGCCAACCUGAGCGUUUAAGGGACAUGAUGCUCAAAGCUUGUAGGAAGCACAGAGCCAAAUUCAAAGCCAAAGAAGCUGCCAAAGAAGCAGCCAAAGAAUUACAACGUUUACAGAUUUGAUCAGAAUCAUCAUCCUCCUACUUACUACUACUACUACUAGUGCUCCUCUUUCAUGGGUUAAUUAAAGUUGCUUUCUUUCUUGUAUUAUAACAACAACACUUUAGUUAGUGGCGAUGAAAUUUGGGGUUUUUCAGAAACAAUGUAUUUGUGACCUCUAGUGUCUAUCUGUUUAUUCAUCAACCUUGCCACUUACUAAAGAUUUC